AUGAGAUCCUCGCAGGGAAACAUGCCACUAUCAAGUGCAAAAGCCCUUCCUGGCCAUAAUAGCACGGCAUUUGCCUCCAAUGCACUGCCCGCCGUAGGGCCGUUCUCCAUUGCCGCACCCAAUGCAGUGCCGCCGAUCGAGCCCCGUCCUAUGCCCCUAUCAAACACCGACGAGCUGCCGUGUGCUGACCUGCGAUUGCAAAGGAAGCAAAUAGAGCAGGAGCUACGAGAGGAUGUACAGAGAAAUCGCAACAAAAAGCAUGGCCCGGAUACGCAAGACUUUAUCAACGUAUCGGCUAUUCUUGCCGCUGCUUUGAUUCUGGUGCCAGAAUUGAACUUCUCCGCCCACGCGGAACAGGGUGCUGGCAAUGGCAACGGUCCGGAGAAUGACUCUUUUGAUGAUAAUACCUUCUACUCGUCGCAGCACGAUACGCCCGAAUUCCAGCCAGCGUCCCCGAUUCCUGUCAAUUUUGUGGCUCCCACAACCAGUAUUGCGUCUGCACACCAGCCACCAGCGAACAUACCCGCAGCGAAAACAAUACCAGCCAGAACUCAGGAUGGGCGCCGUAGUGUGAACAAGCCGCGCCAGCUCCGUACCUAUGACGAGCUCACUGAAACCCCUACUACAAAGAAGCAGCCGAGCGCUAUGCCAGGUUUGAACAAUUGCAUCGACAACUCAGUUGCGACUUUGAGCCAGCCCAAUACCACUGCGCCAUCUGCAAGUGCACCUAUUGGCGGACAGACUGCUCCAACUCAGCCAUCCUCUUACCCGGUCCAACCACCAAAGCCUAACGAGAUCCCUGGAUUGUAUGGUGGAACGCAAAGUUCUGCUUCCAAUACUGGGGCCCCUGCGCAAGUGGCGGCCCUUCGCAGCGAACCAGGUUCGAGAACGAGUCCAGAUAGCUCGUCGCAGGGUGGACAGAGCAAACGCAAAAACAGGAGGAAGAAAAGAAAGUCCGACAAGCAGACGCUGGAAAACUUGCCGUCUUUCGGGAGCAGCACACAGCAUAUCAAGGCUGAGCCACGAAGUCCGUCGCCGCUGGCCGGGCCAUCAUACAUUCGACCAAAUAAACGACAGCGCCAGCUCAAGACUCAGAAUCAGAAUCCAUCCUUUGACGAACUGUCAUAUGAUCCUGCCCUACCUAGCGGGCCUAGCAAACCCAACUCUCCACUCCAGCAAGCUCAAUAUCGCCAAGAGCAGGAACCGGCUGGUAACACGGGAACUGGCAUGUACUUUGCAACAGCGCCGACCAUGCACAGCAACACGAGAGUCCCAAGAGAAUAUGUGACUGAGCGUGUAAUCACUGACGACGGUUACAGAAGAGAAUAUGUUCAACAGUCCGCGCUGCCUUACGAAUAUUCAUCUCGCGGGUCACACAUGAGUCGACCCGUUCACCCUGAUGCGUUUCAAGACGGUGCGCUUCCCUAUGGCAAUUCUCCUCAGAACGGUCGCUACAGUGUGCACCCUGAAGGCGACGCCUUUCACGAGUCUACAAGACCGCAGCCAGCUAGAAUACUGGUGGACGCUUAUGGCCGCGAAUACAUCGAGCCUGCGAGACAGAUUCGCAAGCUCUUGCACGCUAUCAAGGGCCGGGCGCUCUCGAAGAACGAGGUUAUAUGUUUGCGCAACCUGCGUCUCCGGAUGGGCGAUUUCGAGAGUACUCUACACGGCCUUUAG